AUGCUCUUAUCUACAUCCAAGCUCACCACUUCAAAACUCUCCUCUUCUUAAUUGUAAAGUCCCAAGAGAUCUACAAUUAAUUAUCUCAGUUAAGAUUUGGAUUCCCCAGCUAGACAGAGAAUCAAAUUACUUUCUGAUAAAUGGAAUCACAUUUAGAAUGGAAUUGAUAAAGAUAAACUUGAGAAGCGUGAAGUAUUGGAGGAGAGAAUCAAAAUAAUAGAGGAUGUUUUAGCCUCUGAGAAGCCAAAAGAUGAAUAAAAAUUUAAGGUAUUGAAGGAUUAAGUCUUAAAAUUGUAAGAUCAAGCGCAUAAUUAAAAAUCAGAAAGAGAAGCAUUUGAUGAUAAAAAAGAGAAAGACUUUAGAACACUUUCAGAUAAUGUAGCUCUAUCUUUUGAUUAAGAAAGAAAUGCCAGAGGAUAGGCAGAAACAAAGCUUUAAAAAUAAAUUGAUGAAAGAUUUGCUUAAAUUACACUCACAAUCACUAGAAACACUCAUUAGUAUGAAGAUAGAAGUCAAGCAAAAAUUGCUGAAGUUCUUUAGUAAGUCUAAUUAGUUAAAAAUUAAUUAGAUUAAGAAAGAAGAUCAAGAGAAGAAGCAGCAGAAUCUUUAACUGAAUAAAUCGAUAGUGAAAUUAACAAAUUUUCAGACUAAUUACUCGUUGAAAAGAAAGUCAGAGAAGAAACCUAAGGAAAAAUAUUUAGAAUGAUUGAGGAUGUUCAUGGAAAGCUACAAUAAGACAUCAGCUUUGAAAGAAGAGAAAGAGAAGCUACAACUGAAGCAUUGCUGAAAUUAUUAGAAGACGCCUGCAUUAAAAUCGAUAAAAAUUUUAGAUAAUUCUGA